ACCAUUAGAUAGAAAUUACACUAAAGUGGCGGCCGCACACACAAACACAUCCAUACAGAAUACCACAUACUAUCAGCUAGCUAGCUUAGAACAAAAAUUCAUUGUCAUCACAACUCGACACUAAUCAAGUCGUUUUCUGACCAACAAAAAGGGUUAACUUGGCCUAUGCAAUAUUAACAAAAUUCGCGCAAAUGUUGCAACGUCGCAGUCAUUUGCUAGUAUUAAUUAUUGUCGCUCUUCUGGCAAACAUUCAAAAUUAACAACAACUACAAAGCAUCUGAGAGAAAAUACUACGAGAGAAAAAUUUAAGAAAAUAUACUCAAAUGAGUGGCACACUGUCAUUGCCAAACCAAGCCGAAGGCCCUGCAGAUGCUCCGCUAGAGGCUCGGUCAAUGGACGUUGAGGUUUCGAAAACUAACGGCUUCAGCCUUUGGCAAUGGUGGCAUAACUGGACAGCAUCAUCGCCAACCAUGCUGCGGGCCGUAGAAAAGAAGAUAUUAUCAUAUCUGAAGCUGCCCUACCGUGGCUUCUUUGUGGACAUAGGUCCGGCUGUGGGCGAUGCGGACAAGAUCUGGACGGUGAGCAUGAAUACAGAGUCGAAGGAGGUGCCGCUUGUGUUGCUGCACGGCCUCGGCGCUGGUGUUGCCUUGUGGGUUAUGAAUUUGGAUGCCUUUGCCAAGGAUCGUCCCGUCUAUGCUAUGGAUGUACUGGGCUUUGGGCGCAGCUCCAGGCCAAUGUUUGCUAAGGAUGCCUUGAUCUGCGAGAAGCAAUUUGUUAAAUCUGUUGAGGAAUGGCGUCGCGAAAUGAAUAUUACCGAUAUGAUAUUGCUGGGUCACUCCAUGGGCGGUUUCAUUGCGUCCAGCUAUGCCCUGAGCUAUCCGGAGCGUGUUCGACAUCUGAUACUGGCCGAUCCUUGGGGAUUUCCCGAGAAACCCGCCGAAUCGACGAAUACCAAACAGAUUCCACUGUGGUUGCGUGCAAUUGCACGCGUUCUGACACCACUGAAUCCGCUGUGGGCGUUGCGAGCUGCCGGCCCGUUCGGCCAGUGGGUGGUGCAGAAGACACGGCCGGAUAUUAUGCGCAAGUUCCAGAGCACUAUCGAGGAGGACAUCAAUCUGCUGCCCCAGUAUAUACAUCAGUGCAAUGCCCAGCGGCCGAGCGGCGAAUCGGCAUUCCACAGCAUGAUGCAGUCAUUUGGCUGGGCCAAGCAUCCAAUGAUCCACCGGAUCAAGGAUGUACGCAGCGAUAUACCCAUCACAUUCAUCUAUGGCUCACGCAGCUGGAUCGAUUCCGCAUCCGGUGAGAAAAUCAAAUCACAAAGGGGCACAAAUAUGGUGGACAUUAAGAUCGUGACCGGUGCCGGGCAUCACGUGUAUGCAGAUAAGCCGGACGUAUUCAAUCGCUACGUCAACGAGACCUGUGAUAUAUACAAAGUCAACAAAGGUGAACGACAGCUGCAACAGUUGCCGCAGCCGGUGGCAGCAGCAAUGCAGAUGAUCCACGGCCCAACUGAAUCGGAUGAGGAGCACGAUGUGCCCAAUCUGAAUACAGCUGCGGCAACUGUGGAGAUCAAGCCCGAGGCGGAUGCUGCCCAGGAUGUAACAUCCACAACCACAAAGGAUGCAGUGGCAGGAGCAACACCAGUCGCGGCAACAUCAGCACAAGCAACGAAAGCAACAGCUAAGACAAAGGCCACCAAAGGCGAACAGUCAACGAAUCCAGAUGUUGAUUUGGCCGAUGUGAAACGAAAAUGAGAGAAUGCGCAAUGAAUAUUCUUGCCGGCCUUUAAAUUAUUAUAAAUGUUGCUCCACCAACAAUGUGUC